UCUCAUCUUAUUGGUAAAGGCCGAGAAUAGAAUAAAACACUGUGAGUGAGUCAUUUCUGAAUCACCGACCAAACCAGAAUGGAGCAAGUUCAACACAUUCAAAGAGUUGAACUUGGGAUUCAAGGUUUUGAGGUUUCAAAAUUAGGAUUGGGAUGCAUGGGCCUGAGUGGAUCGUACAAUGAGCCUCUCCCAGAUGGCAUUUCUAUUAUCAAGUAUGCGUUCAGUAAGGGAAUUACCUUUUUUGAUACAGCUGAUAUUUAUGGAGCUAAUGCCAAUGAAGUUUUGGUUGGAAAGGCUCUGAAGCAGCUACCCAGAGAAAAGAUCCAGAUAGCCACGAAAUUUGGUAUUCUGAAAACAGAGUCUGGUGUUGAGAUCAAGGGUUCGCCUGAAUAUGUGCGAUCAUGCUGUGAAGCUAGUUUGAACAUCGAUCUCUAUUAUCAGCACAGAGUGGACCAAUCUACACCUAUAGAGGAAACAGUGGGUGAACUUAAGAAACUGGUGGAAGAGGGUAAAGUGAAGUAUAUUGGGUUAUCUGAAGCGAGUCCAGAUACUAUAAGGAGAGCACAUGCAGUUCAUCCCAUCACAGCUGUGCAACUGGAGUGGUCUCUGUGGACUCGUGACGUUGAGGAAGAGAUAAUCCCACUCUGCAGGGAACUUAAUAUUGGAAUUGUGCCAUAUAGUCCUCUGGGUCGUGGCUUUUUUGCGGGAAAAGGAGUUCUGGAAAAUGUGCCUGCAAUUAGCAACCUGAAAACACAUCCACGUUUCCAAGCAGAGAACCUGGAAAAGAACAAGAACAUAUAUGAACGAAUUGAAAGCCUUGCAAAGAAGCAUGAGGCCACUCCUGCUCAGUUGGCAUUAGCAUGGGUUCUCCAUCAAGGAGAGAGUGUUGUUCCUAUCCCUGGAACAACUAAGAUUAAAAAUCUGGAUCAAAACCUAGGAGCUUUAGCAGUGAAACUGUCAGAAGAGGACCUGAGAGAAAUUUCUGAGGCGGUUCCCAUUGAUGAUGUAGCAGGUGCUAGAUACCUAACUGGAGUGGAUCACUAUUCCUAUAAAUUUGCUAAUACACCUCCAAAAGAUUCAAAAGUCUGAACCUGAACCACUCAACUACACCUUCAGUAAGAGAAUCCACAUAACCAAGUCACAUGAAUUGAGGGUGAUAUCAUGAAGCUAUUAAAAUAUCAGUAAUGUAGCCUAUGCCUUUAUAUUUGGUUGGUCAAAGUUUUGAUUUACACUGCAAUACUUCUAGUUAUACAAUAAAUAAAUAAUAAUAGGUGGGUAUUUAAUGUUUGUCAU